AUGGCCCCAUCAGCCAUCAACGGUAAUGCGUACAGCGCAUCCAACGGAGUGCACGGCGAGGAGUUGAGGUCUUCUACUAACGGAUAUAACAACGGCCAUACCAACGGCCAUGCUACCAACGGUCAUAGCAACGGGUAUUCCAACGGACACACAAACGGACAUACCAAUGGCCACUCUAACGGUAACUCGAAUGGCUCAUCUAAUGGGUCAUAUAAUGGCUCCAUUCACAUAGAUGGAAUAUCACAAGCUGAUGGCCAUGCUUCGCAACCCUUUGGCCAAGCAAAUGGUCAUCGAGUCGGCCAGAGCAACGGUCACACUAACGGUCACACUAACGGUCACACCAACGGCGACGCCAACGGUGUGAACGGGAAUCCUUCUGCACCACCGAAGGAAAAGAUGAUGCCUAUCGCCAUCGUGGGCAUGUCUUGUCGGCUGCCAGGAAAUGUGGCAAGCCCUGCAGAGUUUUGGGAGUUGUGUGCAAGAGCCCGCAGUGGUUACUCAGAGAUACCCAAGGAGCGGUUCAACACAUCCAGUUUCUACCACCCGAACCCCGGGAAGGCUGGCUGCCACAAUCCAGUGGGCGGGCACUUCCUCAACACCGACCUGGCGGCGUUCGACGCACCUUUCUUCAGCCUAACGGAGAAGGAGGCCAUCUCGAUGGAUCCGCAACAACGGCUGCUCCUGGAGUGCACUUUCGAGGCGUUGGAAAACGCCGGCAUCCCCAAGCACAAGAUCAUUGGCCAGGACAUCGGAGUUUUCGUUGGUGGAUCUUUCCCUGAGUACGAAUCACACCUGUUCAGGGACACAGACACCAUUCCCAUGCAUCAAGCGACAGGUUGCGCAUACGCAAUGCAAUCCAACAGGAUAUCCCACUUCUUUGAUCUGAGAGGUCCCAGCUUUACUACGGACACUGCCUGUUCGUCGAGCUUGGUUGCACUGCAUGUGGCUUGUCAGAGCUUACGCACUGGGGAAUCUGGCAUGGCGAUCGUUGGUGGGUGCCAUCUGAAUAUGCUUCCGGAGUUUUGGAUUUCUUUUUCUAAAUCGCGUCUAUUUUCGGAUUCGGGGCGUUCGUUUUCGUUUGACAGUAGAGGUACAGGAUUUGGCCGCGGAGAAGGUUGUGGCAUGGUAGUUCUCAAACCGCUCGAGCAGGCUCGCAGAGAUAACGACCAGAUUAGAGCGAUCAUCGUCGGAAGUGGCAUCAACCAGGAUGGCAGGACACCUGGUAUUACCAUGCCCUCUGGUGAAGCGCAAGAAACAUUAAUGCGUCAAGUGUAUAAUAAUGCUGGACUAAACCCAGCGGAUUGUGGCUUUGUGGAGGCACACGGUACAGGAACCCGUGUGGGAGAUCCCAUUGAAGCCACAGCUAUUCACAAUGUAUUGGGAACUGGUCGCACGCCCAGGGAUCCCCUAUACAUCGGAUCUGUCAAGUCCAAUAUUGGCCACUUGGAGGGUGCCUCCGGUAUUGUCGCCAUCAUCAAAUCAGCUCUCAUGUUAGAGCGAGGCUUCAUCUUACCCAAUUACGACUUCAAACAUCCCAAUGAAAAGAUUCCAUGGAAAGAUUGGAACUUCAAGGUACCCGUUACCCAACGCCCCUGGCCGCGGAACAAGAAGUAUCUUAGCGUGAACAACUUCGGCUUUGGCGGUACCAAUGCCCACAUUGUUCUCGAAAAGGUGCCCUUCACCCAAAGGGGGCCGAAGAAUGAUGCCGAUCUCAAGAAUGACAACCCGGGGAGGAAACUCUUCGCCAUCACUGCGAACGACAAGAGCACCCUCGAGGCAGUUCUCAAGAGCCUUGUCAUCUAUCUGGAACAGAGACCCGAGAUGUUCCAAAAGGAUUUGAUGGCAGACGUCGCUUACACUCUUGGACAACGACGAUCGCAUCUCCAGUGGAGAGUAGCAAUUCCUGCCCUUAGGUCCUUUGACUUGAUCGACGCCAUCAACAGCCAGAAGCUAUCACCGGGCAAAGAGGUGGACUCGCUGAGAAUCGGGUUCAUCUUCACUGGCCAGGGCGCUCAAUGGUACGGUAUGGGACGUGAGCUCUACGAGCAAUACCCCAUCUUCACCAAGGCUAUAGACUAUGCCGACGAGUGCUUGGCCACCUUAGGGGCUGGCUGGUCGUUGGUUGAAGAGUUAAGCAAAGAUGAGAAGACAUCCGCAGUUGGUGCUGCUCACAUCAGCCAACCUUCUUGCACAGCCAUUCAAUUGGCGUUGGUUGACCUUAUGAGAUCAUGGGGUAUCCGACCUACAGCCGUCGCCGGACACUCUAGUGGUGAGAUUGGUGCAGCGUAUGCUGCCGGCAUCCUGACUUUCGAGUCUUGUAUCUCUAUUGCCUACCACAGAGGUCGCCUUAUUCCCGUCCUGAAAGAGAGGUAUCCUACUCUCAAGGGCGCUAUGAUGGCCGUCGGUGGUAGCAAAGAGGAGUUCGAACCCUUACUUGCGGACCUGAAAGAGGGAGAGGUCAAGAUUGCGUGCUUCAACAGUCCUUCUAGUCUCACAAUCUCUGGUGAUGAGGCGGGUAUUGAUGAGUUGAAGAAGGUGGUGGAAGAGAAGCAGCUUUUCAACCGGAAGCUCUUCGUCGAUACCGCAUACCACUCCCACCACAUGAACUUGCUCGCCAAGGAGUAUCAAGCGUCGAUUGAUCAACUCGAAGGCCCCGUGUCAACGGAUGUCCGGUUCCACUCCUCUCUGCUUGGUCGACGCCUAGACGGCCAAGACCUCGAGGCUUCCUACUGGGUACAGAACCUCACAUGCCCAGUACGAUUCAACGAAGCAGUCCAGAGCAUGCUGCAGCCAGUCGACGACCACAAGACCGGUGUCAACAUGCUGCUUGAGCUUGGUCCCCAUUCCGCUCUUCAGGGACCCCUGAAGCAGAUUCUCAAGGAGGUCGGCGGUGAUGCUCCCAAGAUUCCCUACGCUUCUGCCCUCGCACGCAAGAAGGAUGCCGUUGAGACUGCCUUAGACGUUGCUGCCUUACUCUUCACCAAGGGUGCACCAGUCGACUUUCAAGCGAUCAACUUCCCCAGGCCCGCAAAGUCGCCGAUGGUUUUGAGUGAUCUGCCCCGAUACCCAUGGAACUACUCCUCCAAGUACUGGCACGAGUCUCGCAUGACUCAACUACACAAGAACCGCACUGCUCCCCGGAAUGAUAUUCUCGGCACUCUCGCCAACUAUUCCAACGAGCUUGAGCCGACGUGGAGGAACAUUGUCCGCCUAGACGACCUCCCUUGGCUACAACAUCACAGAAUCCAGUCCUUGACAAUCUUCCCCAUGUCAGGAUUCGUCUCCAUGGCUGUCGAGGCAGCUUUCCAAAGAGCCACGUCAGCCAACGUGAGCUUCGACAAGUUCGAACUACGGGAUGUAUCUGUGCUUUCCCCCUUGGUUAUCCCUGACGAGGACGUUGAAAUGACCACGACCCUCAGGCCACACCAAGAAGGCACCCUCGUUUCCUCAGAAGUUUGGGACGAGUUCCGCAUCUGCUCGUGGACGAAGAGUAAGGGUUGGAAAGAGCACUGCAAGGGCUUAAUCGCCGUCCAGGCUCACGAGUCAAAUGGCGUGGAUGAUGCGAGACAAAGCCUUGCAUCACGCAUUCUUCUACAGUCGAAGAUUGCUGACAUAAACGCUGCUGCAACCUCACCCAUAGCCAUGGAGAAGUUGUAUGAUGACCUGUCUGAAGUUGGCGUUGCUUAUGGCCCUACAUUCCAGGGAGUCAACAACUGCCAAGCUUCCAGCACCUGCUCACAGGCUGAUCUGCUUGUCCCGGAUGUAGCCAAGGAGAUGCCCAACCACUACGUUACCGAGACCGUCAUUCAACCUUCCUUCCUCGAGUCCCUCAUCUCCAUGUACUGGCCUAUUGCCAGCUCCGUCAAGGAGUCGCCCGACACCAUCUACCUCCCAUCCUCAGUGUCCAGGAUAUCCAUCUCAAGGGACAUCACCAAGUUCAGCAACACCCCUGACAAGACUUUCCGAGCUUACUGCGUCGGCUCUCUUCCCCAAGAUAGCCCUCGGCCAUCAAAGAUGUCCAUGUUUGCCACCGCUGAGGCAAACGCAUCUGAGCCCCUGAUCAAGCUGGAUGACCUGACUAUCGCACCAAUUUUGGACCGCGAAGCUGCAGGAGACCAGGACGCGCACUCUGAGCUCUGCUACAAGCUUGACUGGGAACCAAUCCUAGACCGAGUGUCCUCUGAUUCUGACAGUGCAUCGUCGGAGUGGGUUCCUGUCGACGAUUCUAAGCUUCCCGACACGGACAUUGAAAUCGUCUACGGCGAAGGCAGCCUACAAACCCAGGUCGCAUUCAGCUUGGCCGAAGCUCUGCAGAGGAUAACUGGCAAGCUCCCCAGUUUGAGCACGUUACUGGAUGCCCAGCCCGCCAACAAGUUCCUCAUCUUCUUAUCUGAAAUAGAUACGCCUCUUCUAUCCCAACUGAAGGCCACCGAGUUCGAGGCUUUACAGAAGAUGCUUACCACUGUACAAGGCGCUCUGUGGGUAGUCCGCGGCGCUUACGAUGCGUCAACGUCCCCUGACCUGAACAUGGUUCUCGGUCUAAGCAGAACCAUUCGUUCGGAGACUUUACUGCCCUUCUCCACUCUGGACUUGGAUGGCCAGAACCAACUCUCCCCUGACCAGGUAUCGGAGGCAAUCCUCAAAGUAUUCACCUCGGUAUUCGGUAAGAGCAGCGCUUUGAACGGUGAGUUAGAGUUCAUGGAGAGAGACGGCUCAUUCUUCACCCCACGGAUCAUCAACGACCCCCAGAUGAACGAGCUCGUGCAUCGGGAGACCAAGCCUUCGGCGUUACAGCCCAUCCCCUUCGGCGAGACCGACCGCCAGCUCAAGAUGGCAAUCACAGAUCCUGGUGCCCUCGACACCUUCCACUUCGUCGACGAUGAAUCCACCGAAGCACCCCUCGGUGCCGAAGACAUUGAGUUCAAAGUCCACGCAGUUGGCGUCAACCACCGCGAUCUCACCGCCGCCCACGGCAAGCUCGCAACGCACGACUUCGGCGUCGAAGCCAGCGGCGUCGUCACCGCCGUCGGCCAAGACGUCAAGAAGCUGCAAGUCGGCGACCGCGUCGCGGCCAUCACCAAGGGCGCCUUCGCAACGACCACGCGCACCAGGGCGUCCUUCGCCUUCAAGCUGCCGUCCGACAUGCGGUUCGACGAGGGCGCGACGCUGCCGCUCGCCUACAGCACGGCGUACUACUCGCUCGUCGAGCUGGGGCGCCUCGGCGAAGACGAGACCGUGCUGGUCCACGCGGCGGCCGGCGCCGUGGGGCAGGCGGCGAUCGCGCUCGCGCAGAUGAUCGGCGCGAAGGUGUACGCGACGGUGGGCAGCACGGAGAAGAAGGAGUUCCUGAUGAAGGAGUACCACGUCCCCGAGGACCGCAUCUUCUACAGCCGCAACCUGUCGUUCGGCAACGCGGUCCUGCAGGCGACGUGCAACGCGGGCGUCGACGUCGUCCUCAACUGCCUCGCGGGCGACGGGCUGCGCGAGAGCUGGAAGUGUUUGAACAAGUUCGGCCGGCUCAUCGACAUUGGGGCCCGCGACUCCAACACCACGACGCGGCUGGAGAUGACGCAGUUCGAGCACAAUGCUAGCUUCAUGACCGUCGACAUCAUGGCGAUUGCCGCCGAGAGGCCCAAGGUCAUGCAGAGGGUUCUCGUGGACGUCGCGAAGCUGAUGCGGUACGGCAAGAUCCGCCCUAUUUCUCCUGUCACCGUCUUCCCCAUAUCCGAGGUCGAGUCUGCCUUCAAGACGCUGCACGGCGCCAAGGCCCACGGUAAGCUUGUCGUCGUGCCUCACGCACACGAUAUCGUCAAGGCCACGCCGCCGAAGAAACCAGCCCAGCUCCUCAAGGCUGACGCCACUUACAUCCUCAUCGGUGGAACCGGUGGUCUCGGUCGAAGUAUGUCCCGGUGGAUGGUCAGCCGUGGCGCGCGGCAUCUAGUGCUCGUCUCGAGAAGCGGCAGCGCGACAGGGAAAGUCAAGGAACUGAUCGACGAGGCAGCCUUAGAAGGCGCCGAAAUCGUGGUGCGCCGCUGCGAUGUAGUGGACUCAUCAUCCGUGGACGACCUUAUCAAGAACGGCUUGGAAGGCCUGCCUCCUGUCCGGGGUGUGAUCCACGGUUCCAUGGUCCUCAACGACGUCUUAUUCGAGAAGAUGACAUACGACCAGUACACCACCGUGAUGGAGUCCAAGGUCCACGGCGCCUGGAACUUCCACAACGCCCUCUCCACCGCACCCCUUGACUUCUUCGUCGCCAUCUCCUCCGUCGCCGGCGCCGUCGGCAACCGCGGGCAAGCCUCCUACGCCGCCGCCAACUGUUUCCUCAACGCCCUCGUGCAGUACCGCCUCGCCCAAGGCCUCCCGGCUUCUUCCCUAGAUCUUACCGCCAUCUCCGACUCGGGCUACCUCGCCGAGGACCUCGAAAAGGCCGCCGAAGUCGCCAAGAACCUCGGCAGCGACACCAUCUGCGAAGCCGAAGUCCUCGCGCUCCUUGGCGCCGCCAUCAGCGGGCGCCUGGCAUCCUUGUGCAACAACCACACCAUCACCGGUAUGCGCAUGACGCCGACCAUGCAGCCCUUCUGGGUCUCCGACGCGAAAUGCAAGUACCUACGGGAAGCGAUGGAAGCCGCCGCCGCCGCCGACGCUGCCCUCUCCGGCAGCGGCGCGAAGACGAUCUCGUACAACGCGGCCGUGAAAGCCGCCAAAACCCUCGAGGAGGCCGAGGCCGUGGUGUGCGACGGCCUGGUGCACAAGCUGGCGGCGGUGAUGAUGAUGGAGCUGGAGGACCUGGACGUGACGCGGUCGCUGUCGCACUACCCGCUGGACUCGCUGGUCGCGAUCGAGAUCCGCAACUUCAUCACGCGCGAGUUCGAGGCCACCCUGCAGGUCCUCGAGCUGCUGUCCAGCGGCUCCAUACAGACGCUGUCCAAGGCAGUCUGUGUGAAGAGCAAGCUGGUCAACUUUUAA